AUGCAGAUUGAUACGACGCGGCGCUGCCUGGCGCCGGCGCUGCUGUUGGCUCUCGCCAGCGGCCUUCAGCACUCGGCUGUGCUGGACCCGGACGGCGACGUCGUCAUCCACUGGACGCCCGACGACGACAGCAACGCGAUCGUCAUGCACGUGGAAGCCAAGACUAGAGGCUGGGCCGCUGUUGGGUUCUCACCGAAUGGCGCCAUGACAGGGGCCGACAUCGUCAUGGGAUGGGUCGACGGAAUAGCGCACGUGCAGGACAUGCACGCAGUGGGAAACAGCGCACCACUGCUGGACAGCAGCAACGAUGUCGAGCUGCUGGAAGGGAGCGAAAACAGCACGCACACCAUCUUCACCUUCCGUCGCCCCCUACGGUCCUGCGAUACCGAACAUGACCUCAGUUUGGGGAUGGACACGACUCGUCUGAUCUGGGCGCUGCACGAGUCUGACCCGACGCCGGGUGGCGGCCCCUCCUACCACGGCACGCGGCGCGGGGUCCGCAGCCUCAGCCUGGACGGCUCGGGCGUCUUCCGCUUCCCGGCGCCCGGCGAGAGCGAGUCGUUUGUGUUCGGCAACAGCGAGGUGGCGCUGCCCGAGUCUCGGGUGAAGCUGGAUCCAGUCACCGCGCCGUACGUGCACCACAUCCUGAUGUUCGCGUGUACAGUUCCGGCGCACAUGCACAACCAGUUCGACGAGUACGCCAGGAGCCAUCCGGGCUCAGAGUGCUACAGCAAGAACAUGCCUCCGCACUGGUUUUUCUGCGGGAGCAUCACCUCCGGCUGGGCGGUCGGAGGGGAGGGUGACAUGCUGCCGGACCACGUCGGCGCGCCGCUCGGCCACGAGCACGGCGGCUUCACCUUCUUCAUGCUGGAGUUUCAUUACGACAACCCUCGCAAGCACGCCG